ACAGAGGUCAACGGGAUGGGCACAGUCGCCAGCACACAAAGUAUGAUUUGACAGCUAAACUGUUGUUGAGUUUGCACCAUCUCUCGACCAGUUCCAACAAAAAGAUCCACCUCCUCGCUGCGAGUGUGCACAGAUCACGUUCAUCUGUCCCAGCGAAGCGCCGGUCUGCAUUCAGGCACAACUCGCUAGUCAAGUGUUCCUUGCUAUGGUGUCGCUGACGGUCGAAUCCCAUCGCGGCGCACCUGGUGCUGGCGAUCUAACCCGGCGCUAUCUGUGCGCUGAUCUGAUAUCACUGGGUUCUGUGAUCAAGGAUGAUCCCAUCGCGUGGAGGGUCACUGGCGUGGAUGCCUGGCUAUCUUGAAUUUCGAGGGCCUUGGAAUUUCUCCUCAUCGCAAACUUCGCCCAUAACGGUCGGCUAUGGCCAGAACUACUGCUACUACAGUAGUAGCACCUGAAUGUGGCCAGCAACAGAAACGAACAGCAGAGGCCGAGAAGACUAGCCGUCUUACCAUUAACGCGAAGGGCAUACUCGGAACCUGGAAUCUGGAAGGGCCAUCAUUACCAUGGUAGUGACUUGUCACUUGACCACCAAUUUAAAUUCGA